AUGGGAAACAUCACCCGCAAACCAUCUGGGGCCUCCAGUGUUGUUUCUAAUAUCAUUGAGAAAAGUCCAACAACGGUUGACAGGUUAUUCAGCGGUAGUUCAAGCCUCGACUGCUCUGAAGAUCACCACCCCAGCGAUGAUGAGUUUUCGUAUGAUGCCAUAUCAAGGCCCACUCGGGAGAACGAACACCGCGAAAAUGGGUUAUCAGAUAGGAAAACAUCGAUCAAUUAUUGGCGACAACGCUUGCAGACAGUUGAACCAUGUUUCUUCCCACGGCUUACGGCCAAGAUAGUGCCAUCCACCCCGUCAUCAAAAUUUCAUUCAAUACUGGUUGAACCAGAUAGGGGAGCUGCAGAGCUGCAUCAGUUUUGCAAGAGCAAUAAUGUUUCUAGAACAAGUAUGUUCAUGGUAGCUUGGGGCCUAGUUCUGCGCACCUACACAACUUCAGAUCAUAUUUGUUUCGGACACGGGGUAGCCAGGCGGGAUAUAUCUGCUGAAGACUUGGUGGCCGCAUCUAUGCUGCCGGCCAAUAUUCUACCUUUAGUCAUCGAGUUUACCGAACACGCGAAUUCGUUAGAUGUUGUCAGCAAACUAGAAUCAGACUUCGCUUCAGAGGACCCGAACCGAGGCAUCUCCCUUGUGGAUAUUUACCAUGAAUUAGGAGUUGGGCGCGAUGGCUUGUUUAAUACCGCUAUAAUCUCUGGUAUCGGAGAGCUGUUGUCCAAUGGUCACGAGGCUCACGACCUCUCAGGCAAGAGCUUUGAGAGUAAGGAUGAUCAGUCAGAGUACAAUAUUAUUAUAACUGUGAGCUCUGAAUGGAGUUGUUCUAUACAUUGUCGGGACGGUUUCUUGUCACAUGGGCAGGCCGAACACCUUGCCAAUGCAUUGGGUAUCGCUAUCAGUUCGAUUGUUGAGUCUCCGAAUCAGGAGGUAACUGAAAUUGAGGUCUUUAGUCGCUUGGAUCAGCAAAAGCUCUCCCAAUGGAACGGAGAGAAGUUUGCCGACUCAGAGUACUGUCUUCACGAUCUGAUUGCCAAGCAUUGCCACUCCCAACCUGAAUCUCUAGCCGUAGUUUCCUGGGACGGCAAGCUGACUUAUGGGGAGCUCGACCGUCUGUCAUCCGCUCUUGCGUGUCAACUCCAUGCGGUUGGUGUGGGACCAGAAAUCUUUGUCACUACAUACUUUGAUCGGUGCAAGUGGAUGCCAGUUGCCAUGCUAGGUAUAAUGAAAGCAGGUGGAGCUAUUUGUGCUCUUGAUCUCUCUUAUCCUCACAGCCGUCUUGAGGAUAUAUGCCAGCAGCUCAAGUCAUCCGUAAUCUUGACAACGGUCAACAAUGCCGCACAGGCAGCACGUCUAGCCCGGACGGUAAUUAUUAUCGAAGAGACUCUAUCCGCGGAACAAAAUGGACACGAUGAUCGGGCGAAAUUAUUCUCUUCGUCGAGUAUACGACCGAGCAAUGCUCUGUAUGCAGUCUUCACCUCAGGCUCGACCGGCAAACCAAAGGGUGUUGUGGUUGAACACAAGUCGUUCUCCUCAUGCGCACUGGCAUCAUUGAAACCAUUAAAUAUUCAGAAAAACGACCGCAUACUGCAUUUUGCCUCUUACGCAUUCGAUCUCAGCAUUUUCGAGCCCUUGACAGCCCUUACAGCUGGAGCCUCUGUCGCCAUCCCGUCAGAGGAGAUGCGCAAGAGAGACCUGCCCAGUGCCGUGAAAGAGCUUGGAGCUACUUGGUCCUUCUUGACGCCCACAGUAGCCCGAUUGUAUCAACCAGAACAAUUCUCCUCACUUCAAACCUUGUGCUUGGGCGGCGAGGCAGUUCGCUCUUCAGAUAUUGAGACGUGGGCAUCAAAGAAUGUUAUCACGGGGUACAACCCUGCUGAAAGUUGUCCUCUCGGUAUUUCUGGUCCAGCAAACUGCCAUGAACCUAGUUUCCUUGGGUGGUCUUUCUCCUCACAGGCCGCCUGGAUCGUGGACGCCCGCGACAGCCAAAAGUUAGUCCCCAUUGGCGCCAUAGGUGAGCUUGUUAUCGAGGGACCAGCCGUCGCAAGGGGAUAUAUUCAUGAUCCGGAGUCUUCACUCCCCGAUUCUCCUUUCAUAGUCACGCCUCCGCGCUGGCUGUCCCGGUUCCGUGCCAGUGCCGCUCAAAAUACCCGUCUUUAUCGAACGGGAGAUAUCGUUCGCUACGGGCACGAUGGGGCUAUACACUUUCUUGGCAGGAAGGAUCUCCAGGUCAAGGUCCGUGGGCAAAGAAUAGAGCUUUCUGAGAUCGAGACACAUAUUCAAAAAGCUCUCUUUCCUUUCACUGGAAAAGCAGUGGUCGAAGCGGUAAACUUCGGCGACCGCACAAUAGUAGUCGCAUUCAUCACAUCCAAUGAGUCAGGCCGGAGUACAGAUGGCGGAACAAAAGACUAUACCCAGCAACUAGAAAUGGCAGAGAUAAGCGAUGAGUUUGAGACAAGAGUAGCCGAUGUUGAAUCGAAUUUGAGGAAGAUUCUUCCCACCUACAUGGUUCCAACUGCAUACAUACCAGUUGCACAUAUCCCUACGUCCAUGAGUGGUAAGAUUGAUAGGGCACGAUUAAAAUCUUUAGCUUUAUCACUACCUCACGAAUCUCUCUAUCGCAAACGAGGACAUCCAGCGUCUGGGGGAAUUCCGACAACCGACAUGGAACGUCGUCUGCAAGGCUUAUUUGCACAGGUUCUCCACCUCUCACCGGAUCAAGUUACGCUUGAUAGUGAUUUCUUCGACUUGGGUGGCGAUUCCAUCCAGGCGAUGAAACUCCUAGCACUGGCUCCUAAAGAAGGGUUGCAAAAUCUCGGCUACCAGGAUAUCUUCCAUCAUUCGCGACUGAGAGACAUGGCCUCUGUGUGCAGUUCCUCCCGUGAUCUCUCCCCCUCUGCGACGUCAGACGGGCCAAACCCGAUGCCAUUUGAGAUGAUUCAAAACGACCAGUCGCUUAAGACCUAUGCAAGUCGGCAGUGCGGGAUCGCUAUUGAUGAUAUCGAAGACAUGUAUCCUUGUACCCCUCUCCAGACAAGUCUCAUGGCGUCCACUGCACAGGAACAAGAUGCGUAUGUAGCAGUCCAAUCUUUCGCCCUACAUAGCAAUAGCGACGUACAAAGGGUUAAGACGGCAUGGAGCUUGGUGGUCGAGAAUAAUCCGAUUCUCCGCACACGCAUCGUCCAGACCGAUAUGGGUGUUUCAUACCAGGUUGUAGUAAGAGGGCCAGUUUCUUUCUUGGAUGAAGCCAUCAACAACAAGCAGCCUGACGUUCACUUUUACCCGAAAAUUGGCCUAGGGACACCUCUGAUCCAUCUCUGCCUUACUCAAAGUCAUUUACUUGUUGCCAUGCACCAUGCAAUCUACGAUGGGUGGUCGUUGCCUUUACUGCUCAGAGAAAUUGACUCAGUAUACCGUGAGCUACCAAUACAAAGGCGUCCCUUGUUCAGCUCUUUUGUAAAGUACAUAGAGGAUAACAAGGUGGAAGCAGCUCCAUUUUGGACGGCGGAGUUAGACCAAUGGAAUGGUGUACACUUCCCGACACUGCCUCAUCUGGAGUAUCAGCCAAAACCCCAAUCGUUAGUCACAGAAUCUGUUUCCCUCGCUGGUCCUGCCGAUGCGCAGCCUCAUGUGACGGUUGCAACACAAAUUCAACUAGCCUGGGCCUUAACCAGUUACACAUACACUCGCAGCAAAGACACAAUCUUUGGAGUAGUCUCCUCGGGUCGAGCUGUUCCUGUUCUUGGUGUUCAGGACAUGCUGGGUCCAACUAUUGCGAGUACGCCGCUUCGAGUGCUUAUAGAUCCCUCGCAAGAAGUGCUAGAAGCGCUAGAAGACGUCCAAUACCGGCUAGUCGAGCGAAAUGGUUACGAGCAAUUUGGUCUAAGAAGUAUUGCUCAAAAAGGGGGAGACCCUGCAAAGUCAUGUAGCUUCCAGACGAUGAUUGUUGUGGAGCCCGACGAACCAGCUGAGGAAGCUCAGGGGACUUGGUUCAGUAGCCACUCGUUCUUGUCUGAGCUCACAAGUUUUAGUAGUCACGCGUUGACACUCCGGUGUCAAGUUUCGCGUAAAUCAAUCGCGUUGACUGCUAUAUUCGAUCCGUCAGUUGUAUCCGAUCGCCAGAUGCAGCGCAUCCUAUCUCUGUUCAAGUAUAUUUUGACGCAGAUCCGUGAUGUUCGAUCUGCAGAUACAACCACCAUUGGGGACAUCGACAGGCUUAGUCCCAAUGAUAGGGAUGAAAUAUAUAAAUGGAAUGCCUUAUUGCCUUUAAGACCAAAUCGAUGCGUCCACGCUAUGAUCCAAGACAAGGCUCAAGAACAACCAAAAGCACCAGCAAUCCACUCCUGGGAUGGUAACAUGUCAUAUGAAGAGCUUGAAGACCACGCAGGUAGAUUAUCUAGCUAUAUUCAAAAGCUGGGAGUCGGAACGAACACCUUCGUGGCUGUCUAUUUCCAAAGGUCACUGUGGACAGUGAUUGCCCAGCUCGCCGUGCUUAAGGCGGGCGCUGCUUUUGCGACCCUAGAAAGCUCACAGCCUAUAGACCAUUUGCGUCAAGUCUGUAAUACCGUGAGACCCGUGGUGUUUUUGACAUCUGAAGAGCUACGCACAUCGGCUGAGAGCCUCGCUGGGCACCCCAAAGCAUCGGCUCCCGUCCUAGUAAUCAAUAAGCAGUUUUUCCUACGGGAAGCCGACGGUCACAGCAAACUUCCUCAAUAUCCUAUCCCAAGUGCUUCUGAUGCCAUGUACAUUGUGGCAACAUCUGGUACUACAGGUAUCCCAAAAGUCGUCGUCGUUGAGCAUGGCGCGUUUCUAGCCAAUUCCAAGCAGCUACUUGAUCGCCUUGGAUUCAGUAAGGAAACUCGUGCUUUGCAAUUUUCAGGUUACAGUUUCGACGCAAUGAUUGUUGAGCAUUUUUUCACUCUUCUUGCUGGUGGUUGCAUCUGUAUUCCAUCAUCUUCUGACAGGGAGAACUCCCUAGCGACUAGUAUGAACAAGAUGGGUGUCAAUUUUGCUAUCUUGACUGCUUCGGUCAUACAUAUGCUAACUCCCGAGGAAGUUCCCCUUCUAAAAACGCUGGUUCAGGGCGGCGAACCAAUGACCCAAGGCAUUAUAGAUCGCUGGGCUCCAAGCGUUCGACUCUUCAAUGGUUAUGGCCCCGCAGAAACCGCUGUAUUCAGUUCGUCUAGUAACCCAAUCCAGCCCGAUAACAAAUAUGCGAAGAAUAUCGGCUUUGCAACUGGUGGCGUCUGCUGGGUCGUAGAUCUGGAGCACCAAGAUAUCACACCGGUUUCCAUUGGAGCCGAGGGAGAGCUCGUUGUUGAGGGUGCUAUUCUUGCUCGAGGCUAUUUGAAUGAUCCCAUCCAAACAGAUGCGGUAUUCACAUCUAGACCCCGCUGGCUACAAGACUUCAGAGCCGGGAGCGGAGAGAACCGUAUCUACCGGACAGGAGAUAUCGUCAGGUACGAUGUAGAUGGAUCAAUCAUUUACCUGCGGCGCAAAGACUCCCAAAUCAAACUCCGUGGCCAACGAGUGGAACUUUUGGAAGUAGAAAAUCACGUACAGAACUGCUUUCAAGGUGCACUUCAAGUCGUUGCCGCUGUUGUUAAACUUCCAGGCGUGCAAUCAAGUUCCCUUGUUGCCCUUGUUAUGACCACUUCUACAUCUCUUUCAAGAGGACAGGUAACAAUGGGGUCUCCUGGGAUUCAUGUGAUGAAUAAUACAUCCGACUCCUUUUUACUGCCCACUGACUCCGAAUUUCUCUCCAGCGCACACGCGGCCGAGCUUGAGCUUCAGGAAAGGGUUCCAUUAUACAUGGUCCCCAGUCUAUUCAUACCGAUUUGCAGAGUCCCACGGGACACCAGCGGAAAAGUGAACCGAAAGCUGGUGACCGAAUUUCUCUCAUUGCUUCCCCGCGCAGACUGGGAUAAUUACGCUUCUACAACGAAAGUUGCACCAUCCACUGAUUUUCAACAUGAAUUGCAGAGAAUCUGGGCUCGUGUUCUUGGUAUUUCCCCCGAUACUAUUGGAAUCGACCAGAGCUUUUUCCGCUUGGGGGGAGAUUCAAUCACCUGUAUGCAAGUUGCUGCGCAGUGUAGUGCAGCAGGAAUGAAUAUUACGGUAAAGGACAUAUUUCAGCAUCGAACAAUUGAGAAGCUUACGGCAGGAGCCGUGAAAAUACACCAGUUUCUUGAGCCUUCAACUAAAACCCUCUCUAAUACCACCGAUGUCAGUAGUUCCUUGUAUGGUCCUAGCCAACUUGAGGAGUACAUGAUCCAAGCCCGUUCCCAACUCGGGGAGCACCAGACUAUAGAAGACAUCUACCCAUGCUCCGAUGUUCAGAGGGGAAUACUAAUGAGUUGCGCUCGGAAUAUUAGUCAUUAUGAAGAGGCCAUACAGUGGAGAGUUCUGAGUGAAGCUCCUGUUGACGUCAAUCAUCUACGUGAUGCGUGGGUUCAGGUAGUCAACCGGCAUGCUGUUCUCCGCACUGUAUUCAUGGAUAUCAGCGGGGAGAAUUUCUCGGACCAAGUAGUGUUGCAAAACUAUACACCGACGGUUAUCAUAUCUGAAAACAAUGACGACGAUGACGAUGUAGAGAUAGCUGCACCGGAACCAGCAAGCCAUCCUCAACCUCUGCUAUACCUCGUCAUACGACGAUCGAGCUUGGGCAAGGUGACCAUCAGUUUACAUAUCAACCACGCACUUGUUGAUGGACACUCCUUGUUCGCCAUCAGACAAGACCUGGCCCUCGCUUACGAAGGUAAAUUAUCGGAAUCUCCUGCACCUACGCCAUAUCGUGACUACAUUGCAUACAUGCAACUACCUCAUUCUCGAACAAAUUCUAGCAAAUUUUGGAAGUCAUAUAUAGAGGGCACACAGCCUUGCUUGUUUCCUAGUCUAAAAGGCCCGAGCGAACAAGACCAACCUUUGGAGCAAUUCGGGGCCGUAGAUCUUGAAUUGACGACAACUUCGAAUUUAACUCAAUUCUGUGAGGAUCAUAAAUUGGCACUAACCAGUGUACUACACGUGGUAUGGGCUAUUGUGAUGCAAGCAUACACGGCAAUGGAUGAAGUCUGCUUUACUUUCAUGACUUCUGGCCGUCACAUCCCACUGAAUGGUGCCCAAGAUAUCGUCGGUCCGCUGUUCAACAUUCUGGUGGCACGAGUGGACUUGCCACGCGAUGCGCCAGUGGUCUCAUUAAUGCAGACGUAUCAAGACAAUUUCUUGGCCAGUCUAGAUCAUCAGCAUCAGUCAUUGUCCGAAACCCUGCAUUCCAUUGGAUCAACCCCUGAGCAGUUGUUCAAUACGAUGAUUUCUGUGUUCAACGAUACGCGUGAGAAGCAGGACUCAGCCCAACCGGGGGUUUCUUCCAUCGAUCUAUACCCCAUCACGCUAAAUAUUAUUAUGCUACCCGAUCAGUCUCAUUUACAGAUCGCUUACCAUAAAUCAUAUUUGGCAGACGAAUAUGCAAAGACACUUGCAAGGAUCUUCCGCCAUGUCUUGACUGCAGUUUUGGCACAGCCUCACGCCCGUCUCAACGAGAUUGAGGUGCUGGAUGAGGAUAACAAAAGCGAGCUCUACAACCGAAACAGCAUCGUGCCGGCUUCAACUGACAUUUGCAUUCAUUACUCCAUCUAUCAACAGUGUCUCGAUUCACCAGAUUCUCCCGCUGUUUGUGCUUGGGAUGGCAAUCUUACUUACAAAGAACUCGAUCAAAUCUCUUCAUCUCUGGCAGAAGACCUCAUCAGCCUGGGUGUCGGUGCAGACACAGUUAUUCCGGUAUUGCUGGAGAAGACCCGCUGGACCCCUGUUGCCGUUCUUGCGAUCUUGAAGUCGGCCGCUUCUUUCGUACUGAUGGACGCUUCGCACCCAUCAAAACGACUUCAGAGUAUCUGCGAAGCCACGAAGGCUCGGCUGGUGAUAUCAUCGCCACAUACUCGGAGUAAGGCUGCGGAUCUUGCGAUGGAUACGAUUGAGAUAUCAGACCGGUUGUUCGACCGUAUCCGACAUACUAGGAAACAGAGCUCCUGGCAAAAAGUCAUGGUUAAAGGAAGCUAUGCAGCCUACUUGGUCUUUACAUCUGGCUCAACAGGGACACCAAAAGGUGCAGUAGUCAACCAUUCGUCGCUGGCCACCGCCGCGGAGACCCUAUCGUCACGCAUGCGUAUGACCUCAGCUACACGUACACUACAGUUCUCUUCGCACGCCUGGGAUAUCCCCAUAACAGAUAUACUGCUCACUCUGCGUGUGGGCGGCUGCGUAUGCAUCCCAUCUGACGAGGAACGCACCGGCGACAUUGCACAAGCAGCGAAUAAGCUCAGGGCGAACUGGGCUUUUCUAACUCCUACGGUCGCCAGACUGAUGAGACCACAAGACUUGACUCAUAUGACGACCCUGGUUCUUGGCGGGGAAUCCAUCUCUCCAACGGAUCUCAAUACUUGGCAUGACAAGGUCUGCCUCUUGGGGGGGUAUGGCCCAGCUGAGUGUAGUUUGAUUAGCACCGUGUCCGAGCCACUGGGUAAGAGCAGCAAUGCCAGAAAUAUCGGGCGGCCUAACGGUUGCGUGGCAUGGAUUGUCCAACCUGAUAACUAUGAACUACUUGUGCCCCCUGGCGCGGUAGGAGAGUUGAUCUUAGAAGGACCUAUUGUAGGUCGUGGGUAUAUCAAUGAUCCGGAACGAUCAGCUGCCGCGUUCAUCGAUCCUCCAACUUGGCUGGUAAGACUGCGGACUGAUCAUGCAUCCAAUCGACUAUAUAGAACCGGAGAUUUGGUUCGCUAUGGUGUUGAUGGUUCCCUCAUUUUUGUCGGACGACGAGACGAUCAAAUCAAGAUCAGGGGUCAGCGUGUUGAACUUGGUGAGGUGCAAGCGCUUGUUUCCAAAGCUUUCCCCGGCAGUCACGUAGUCGUCGAACUUGUCAAGGGCUCGAACUCGGUGGAGUUGAUAGCCCUCAUCAAAUCGAAACAAGUAGCAUUGGAUGAAACACAAGCACCACUACCACCGGGGAGCGCCAGCAUCUUCUACCCUCCGUCAUCUCUUUUCCGUCAAACCGUCAAAGCAGCAGCCUCUAAGCUUCGAGCUCUCAUGCCAUUGUAUAUGGUCCCCACCGUAUUCCUACCUCUUAUUCAUCUACCCAUGGCACAGACGGGGAAAACAGACCGAAAGCUACUGCGACAACAAAUCGCUUCAUUAUCCCGACAGGAAUUAGAAGCGUACGGUAUAGGCGCCGAUGUUAAUAUACGAGCCCCUUCGACACCCUUAGAAGCUCUCCUCCAAGGACUCAUAGCACGCGCGCUGCACAAACCUCCCGAGAGCAUUCCAUUAGACGAGGACCUAUUCACGGCUGGGUUGGAUUCGCUCACAGCUAUGACGGUCGCGACGUCUGCUCGUGAGGACGGACUGGUGAUCUCAGUGCCAACUAUAUUCAAAUAUCCCCGUUUGUCUGACUUGGCUGUAAUCUUGACCCAGGAACAAGGAAUCAAGCGGAAAUCUCUUACCAGGGCAACAUCGCUAAAUCCCCUCGAGAAGUCCGUGGACGAGAUCUGCGCACAGUGGCGUUUGAAUAAGAGUCAAGUCAUCGACAUCGUCCCAACCACUUACUUUCAACGGGGCCAUAUAGCUGCGCAGCAUGCUAAUUUUAUUGCGCUCCAUUUUUGUCGACCAAUUGACCCCGGUAGACUGAAAAAUGCCGUUCUCGAUCUCGUUCGGAAGCAUGCCAUUCUCCGCACCGCGUUCGUCCCAUUCAAAGAAGACUACGCUCAAAUAUCUUUGCGUCACUUCGAUUUACCAAUCCAAGAAAUCACGAUCGAUGAAGAGGAUCCUUCAGUGGGUGUUGAAUCCAUAUGCAGGGAGGAAGAUCGAAAGGAGAUCGUUGCGUUCGGCAUUCCUAGCACAAAGCUUCUACUAGUUUCAGGAAGACAAACCGAUGGCCCUAUUUCUAUAGUGUUUAGGCUGCAUCGCGCCCAAUAUGACGGCGUCGCAAUGUCAGGUAUGAUUGCAGAUUUUCGAUCCGCCUUGGGUGAAUCGAUAUAUUCUCCUUCUGCGGCCCCUCUUCUGGAAUACGCCAGUUUUAUCACUGGUCGUAUAGCACAUAACACGCCAUCCGUCUUUCAAGAAUGGCGAGAAAUACUCCAAGGGUCACAGAUGUCUUACCUCGUCCCGCCCCACGAGUACAUUCGCAGUACGGACAGAACGCGCACCGAGCUACUUGUAACGAGCUCGUGUGACAUUCCGAUGCCUGAAGUCAAAGGGGGCGUCACUAUGGCUACGGUAGUGAAAGCCGCGUGGGCAUUAUGUGUUGCUCAGCAUGCCCAAAGCAAGGAUAUUGUCUUUGCCCAGCUGGUAAGGAAUCGUCACCUGGAUAUUGCUGGCAUUGAGAGCACUGUCGGACCUUGUAUCAACUACAUUCCGGUUCGAGUACCCCUGAAAGCCGAAUGGACGGCGAAGGAGCUACUCCAAUGGAUCCGGCGUCAGCACAUCCAGACCAUGACAAGCGACACCGCAGAUUGGGACGAGAUAGUGGCCAAGAGCACUGAUUGGCCCCAUGAUACCGAAUUCGGAUCUGCUGUCCACUACUUAAGUGCACCAGUUGCUCCCAGCUAUGUCUUCCCAGGGAAUAUCCCAUGCAAUCUCGCUAUACACGACUUCAAGAUGAUACACACCUACCCCAUGGUGACUUGUAUUCCAUUCCCCAGUCCAGAAGACGUCACCAAAAAAGUGCUAAAAGUUAUUCUCACAAGUGCUGUGUUCGGUCAAGAACUCGCAGAUCAGCUGCUUUCGAUGUUUCUGGACAUGAUCUAUCAGCUUAACAGCUUCCCGGGGACUGUGGUGAGGGAUUUGAUUGAACCACGGGGAACAUGA